AUGGAUAUUGUUAAACAAUGUAAAAAUUUACUGUUAUUCAUCAAAAGAAUCAGAAAGAUAGUUUUUGAUAAAUUCACAGCUAAAGACAAAGAAAUUUGGGUGAAACGCUUAACGAAACAAAUCAAAACUUGUAAUAAAGAAAGGGACUCCGGUUUUGCAUUAAAUAGAAUUGUAUCUUUAGAAGUAAAUAUUAAUCGAUAUGAAAUUGGAAAUGGUUCCUCGUAUAUUAAACUUCCUGAGAGUAUUCAAAAAAAGCGUGCUUGUAUUAAUGUAAAAAAUUCUGAUCAAGCAUGUUUUUAUUGGGCAAUAGUUAGUGCCCUCUAUCCAGCUAAAGCACAUAAAGAACUCCCAUCCUCAUACCCAUGGUACAGUACAGUACUAAAAACAGAAGACCUAGAGGCACCAAUGCCGUUACAUCAAAUUUCAAAAUUUGAAAAAUUAAAUAAUAUAUCAGUCAAUGUAUUUGCUUUAGAAUUAAUAGAAAAUAAUGAAAAGUCAUUUUUCACAGUAUAUCCAGCUAGAUUAACUAAAACAGUCGUUGCCAAACAUGUAAAUCUUCUUUUAAUUCAGAAUCACUAUUUUCCUAAAUUAAACGAUUAUGAAGCACCUCCAGUGGAUAAUGAUAAUUCAGAAAUUAAGUACCACUACUGCCACAUUACGGAUAUGUCUAAAUUAGUUGCUGGUCAAUUAAAUAAAAGAAAGGCCAAAUUAUUUCUUUGCAAUAGAUGCUUAAAUUAUUUUUCAACUGAAGGGAAAUUGUCGGAACAUGAAAAAAUGUGUGCAGAUAUGAAUAAUUGUAAAAUGUCUUUUCCUAAAUAUGAUGCUGUUAGUUUUAAAAAUUAUACUUAUAAACAAACAACGCCAUUUGUCAUAUAUGCAGAUUUUGAGUGCAUGUUAGAAAAAGUUACAGACCUCCAAACAUCCUGUUGUACUAAAAAAUAUCAAAAACAUAUUCCGUAUAGUGCUGGAUACUAUGUAAAAUGUAGCUAUGAUGAAAAGUUGUCUUUUUUUAAGAGUUAUAGAGGCAUUGACUGCAUGGAGUGGUUUGCUAAUGAAUUACCAAAUUUAGCUCAAAGUAUUCAUUCGAAAAUUAAGAAAAUUAUACCAAUGCAGGAAAACCCGAGUACCAAGUUAAGCAAAAAAGGAGAUAUUAGUCUACUUCCAGUCAAUAAAGAAAAAUACAUUUCAUUUACACUUAACGAUGCUGUUACUAAUAUAAAAUUUCGAUUUAUUGAUUCAUUAAGAUUUUUAGGAGCCUCUUUAGAUGAAUUGGUCUCAACAUUAAAUAAAAAUGACUUUAAAAUUUGCAAGCGAGAAUUUAGCAGGUUAAGUGACGAUGAAUUUAAAUUAAUAACUAAAAAAGGGGUAUUUUGCUAUGAUUUUAUUGAUUCUUGGGAAAAAUUAAACAUUACCGAUUUACCUCCAAUAGAGGCAUUUUAUAAUAAGCUAAACGAUACGAAUCUUACAGAUGAGAAGUAUGCUCAUGCUAAAAUAGUUUGGGAUACCUUUAACAUUGAAAAUUUAGGUCAAUAUUCAGAUUUGUACUUAAAAACCGAUAUUGUGCUUUUAGCAGAUGUUUUUGAAACUUUCCGCAAAAAAUGUUUUAUAACUUAUGGGUUAGAUCCAGCCUGGUACUACACAAUGCCCGGUUAUUCUUGGGAUUGUAUGUUGAAAUACGUGGGGUGUAACCUCGAGUUAUUGCGUGACGUUGACAUGAUACUAUUUAUGGAGAAAGCAAUUCGUGGAGGAAUUUCAGUAUGUAGCGGUAGAAUGUCGGAGGCCAAUAAUAAGUACAUGUCUAAUUAUGACCCCGCACAGCCCUCAAAAUACUUAAUGUAUUUUGAUGUCAAUAAUUUAUAUGGGUGGGCUAUGGGAGAACCCUUACCCUACGGAGGGUUCGAAUGGAUGGAUGUCAAAGACAUUGAUGUUAUGUCUGUACCUGAUGACUCUCCCGUAGGGUACAUGUUACAAGUUGACUUGGACUAUCCUCGCCAAUUACAUGAUCUGCACUCAGAUUUUCCAUUCGCUGCCGAACACCGCAAAGCUCAGUCUGCGUGGCUGCGACCCUACAUAGAAUUAAAUACUCGACUUAGAGCUGCAGCUACGAACGAUUUUGGAAGAAAUUUAUACAAAUUGGCCAAUAAUAGUGUAUUUGGAAAGACUAUGGAGAAUAUAAGGAAACAUAGAAUAGUAAAACUAGUCAGAUCAUGGAAUGGGCGAUAUGGUGCUAAAAAUUUAAUUUCUAGUGCCAGGUUUCAUAGCAGAAAGAUAUUUAAUGAAAAUUUAGUAGCUAUAGAACUGAUUAAAUCAGAUCUAGUUUUUAAUAAACCCUUAUACAUUGGCAUGACUGUUUUAGAUAUAUCAAAAUUAUGUAUGUACCAAUUUCAUUACGACUAUAUGCUUCCAAAAUUGGGCGCAGAUAAAUGUAAUUUAAUGUAUAUGGAUACCGAUAGCUUUAUUUAUGAACUGUACUGUCAUGAUGCAUAUGAGGAAGUAAUAAAACAAGAUCUAUCAAAAUUUGAUACAUCCGAUUACGCUGUAGAUAAUAUCUAUAAUAUUCCUCGCGUAAAUAAAAAAGUUUUAGGAGUAAUGAAAGAUGAAAAUAAAGGAGAAAUUAUGACAAAAUUUGUGGGAUUACGAUCAAAAAUGUAUACUUUUAAAGUUCAAUCUGGUCGAAUCACUAAAAAAGCAAAAGGGACUAAAUAUAAUAUAGUAAAAAAUGUUAUAAAAUUCGAUGAUUAUGUAAACUGUUUAAAUGAUUUUAAGGAACAAACUGCUACUCAACACUCCAUUCAGUCAUAUAGCCAUAACGUCUAUAGUAUAGAACAAACAAAAAUUGCGCUAAGUCCUUAUGACGAUAAAAGAUAUUUAAUUCCAAAUAGUUUUAGAACCCUACCAUUGGGACAUUACAGUAUUUUAGAAUAG